AUGACCUCGUCUGCGAAUCAACUCUCUUCCACAGGUUCGACCAAAGGCGCUGCUGUGACUGCAAGUGGAUUGCCAUACGCCACAACGGUAUCAAGUGUCCCAGUGUCUCUCCACAUCCUGUACGAACUGCCAAAUCACUUCUUCUCCUUCUCCUCCUUCUCCCUCUUCUUCUUCUGCUAG